GCAAAGUUUUGCAAUAAAUUUGCACAGAAACUCAUUGUUUGAUAAGAAAAUAUGGUUGGCGGCGAUACCGCAGCCGCUGUGCCCGAAAACGCGAACGAACAUUGCGUGGGAACCCAGAGUGAGCAAGCAGGCAAGGCAGAGUCCUGUGCGGGAUGCCCGAAUCAGGCUGCAUGUGCUUCAGCACCCAAGGGUCCUGACCCCGAGAUUCUGGCGAUUGAGGAGCGGCUGCGGAAUGUGAAGCACAAGAUCCUUGUGCUCUCCGGCAAGGGCGGGGUGGGCAAGAGCACCUUUGCAACACAGCUGGCCUUUGCACUGGCUGCGAAGAAGCUCGAGGUGGGUUUGUUGGACAUAGACAUCUGUGGGCCGAGCGUGCCCAAGCUGGUGGGCCUGGAAAACGAGGAGAUCCAUCGGAGCAACCUGGGCUGGUCUCCUGUGUACGUUGAGGACAAUCUGGCUGUCAUGUCCAUCGGCUUCCUGCUGCCAAACCCAGAUGAUGCAGUCAUCUGGAGGGGCCCCCGAAAGAAUGGCCUCAUAAAGCAAUUCCUCAAGGAUGUGCACUGGGGAGAUCUGGAUUACCUGGUCGUGGACGCUCCCCCAGGCACCUCAGACGAGCAUAUUUCCAUCGCACAGUUCCUCAAGGGAGCUAACGUGGAUGGUGCAGUCAUCGUGACAACACCCCAAGAGGUGUCCAUCAUUGACGUGCGCAAGGAAGUUAACUUCUGCCACAAGGUGGGUCUGAAAGUGCUGGGCGUGGUGGAGAACAUGUCAGGGCUGCAGCAGUCGGUGGACACCGUGCGCUUCCUCAGCGUCUCUGACGACGCAUCACAGAAGCCGGCGGACGUGACAGCGGCGGUACUGGAAGCCCUGCGGCAUGUGGCGCCCGAUCUGGGCAGUCUCAUGGUCCAGUCGGACGUGUUCAGGGCCACCAAGGGCGGCGCAGAGAGCAUGGCCACCAACAUGGGCGUCCCAUUCCUGGGCCGGGUGCCCCUGGACCCAGCCCUCAGCCUGGCAGGUGAGGAGGGCCGAUCUGCCUUUGAUGCGGCGGCGGGCGCCAUGUCAAGCCGAGCUGCACUCCAAGGCAUCAUUGACCAGAUCGUGACGAUCACGGGUGGAGACCUGGACUCUAGUCGCGCCAAAGAGAAUGGCGUUGCUGCUCAUGCUCCUUGAAGCCUGAGAUGGCAUGACCUUGGUGUUAAAGUGUCGCACUGAUGCAGAACACAUGACGUGGUGACAGCAACACAACGCCCAUUGAGCCAGAAUGGUAGAAGAGAGCAUUUGUAGCAGAGACAGUGUGAAUGAAGGCCCCUGUGAACCCUGGAGAGAUAUCUGUCAAUAAGUGCUUGUAAGACCCUUAGAGCUGAUUU